AUGUCGAAUCUUUGGGACAAAUGGGAGCUAGGUUUCCGAUUACAGUGCGGUUCUGCACAGAAACGUGUAUGUUUCAUUUUACCACAUCUAAAAUCGAUUUUCAAUGAGUCAUGGAUGUAUCCGGAUUUGAAAAUUGGUUUCAGAUUUGGAACCGAAUCGAUUUGUAAGAAGUCUGGAACCAAUCAUGGAACCAGGAAGAUGGUGAAGAUGAUUGAAUUCGAAUUUGGUUACAAUUCAUUGAUCAUCAAGCUUUGGUUCCAGAAUCAAAGAUGGUCUGAGAUAGAAACUUGCUGUAAAAAGUUGGUAGCAGCAAGAAAAAAGAUGUCUAUUGUGCAAGCACCUAACAUUCUUGUUAUUCAACUCAAGAGGCUUGAGGGAAUAUUUGAUGGGAAGAUAGACAAAUCAAUUGCUUUUGAGGAAGUAUUAGUUCUUUCAAGAUUCAUGUGCAAAACAAGCCAGGCUGAAAAUGAAGCUGAUAGGAUUGACUGGAUGAACAAGAUCACAGGAGUAAUUGCCUCUCUCUCGAACUCCCACCUGAAUCAGACACAUUUUGGAAGAAGUAAUUUGGGCAAUAUUAGUGAAGCAGUUGAUGAUGAUUUUACUGUGUUGAGUAUUAAUAACGAGGGGGGAUCUACAGGUGAUAACAUGGACAUGAAUCCAGCAGAUUUUGUCUCCAGUAUUCUUGGAGAGAUUCCUGGAAAUGAUCUGUGUGAAGAAUGUGGUGCACUUGAUUUCAUUUAUUUUUUUAAUACAUACAGUGAUAUUAUUUAUAUUAUAAACAGUACAUGUACCUUUGCCCUAGAUGUGCAUACUAGUGGUGGUGAUCGUGGGUCCUUAAUUGACCAGUUUAACAAACCUGGAUCUCCAUUUUUCAUAUUCCAUCUCAGGUUGAUUUGCAAGUAUAAGCUAGAGCUCACAGAAUUAGUCAGAAGGAAGAGGUUAAAUCGGUUGAAGAACAAGUUUGAGGUUCAGCUGAGCACAAACUUGGAGUUGCUAAUCAAAGCAUUAUUGUUGGUUUCUUUGAUAGUAACACAAGGAGGAAGCAGAUAUUUCGAAGGAAGUGCAAAAGAAAAUAUUGACGAUGACCAUGUUCCUACGUCUCUGACAAAGAAAAGAUCGAAGGGUGUGGGAAUUAGAGAGCAUGUGGAUGAUGAACCUCCAUUAAAGAAGAAAACGUUUGGUACGUUAAAAACCUUCUCGUUGAAGAAUUUGAAGUACAAACCACUAAAGAGACAUCUUACAAAGAUGGUUACUGAUCCAGAAGUUGAUAAUGUUGAUGAGGAAAUAGAGAUUGAUCUAGAAAUUCAUUCAACGCAUGGAGAAGCUCCUUCAGCAUUUUGA